UUUGUUUACAAAUGCGUUACCGCUGACAGCUGUCAAAACGCACCUCUGUCCUGCUAAAACUUGUAAACAACAGCCAGCAAAGCCCGGCGAAACGUGUUAGCAUAAUUGCAACGUGCAGCAGCAACUUGCAAAUGCAAAGUGGAAAAUGUCCAUCCAGCAGGGAAAGUUAUGCUCGCGCAUCAUCGAACAACAUUUCGGGGAAGUAGUGCGGACGGUGGUGGACGAUCUGUUUGCGUCGAUCGCAAAGCCAUUGUCGCAAAUUAUCCGCUCCACGGGAUUAACCAAAUCAGAGGUGUGCAAAUCGUUGGCCAUAUUGAUCAAAUUCAACCUGGCAGGAUUUGAGCUGAAUAAAACUCGCCGGAUUUACGAAUAUCGUCUUCACCAUGAUCACGUAGUAAUGAUACUACGGUACCCUCGCUACGUGCACCUGAUACAGACCAAAUUCGGGCACGAAUCGGCCGUGUUGAUGGAGGAACUGCUUCGAUCCGGUACCCAGACGGCAUCGUACAUUAUCGUCAAAUCGAUGUCGAACAUGGACGGCAAGGAUAACAAUACGCUCGCGUUGCUAAGAGACAAAUUCGUUGACUUAGCCAACGAACACUACAUAAUCCGCGCGCCGGAACCGUACCCGAACGAUGGUAACGCGGAAUUAAUGGAACUGUGUCACGACAUUCCUAACCCGUUCGUGAUGCCGGAACUAGACUUGCGAAACUUGAAGGAUCUACACGACGGGAAAGCGCUCAAAGCACCGGACGAAAAUGUGCACUGGCUUGUGAAUGUGGAACAGUUUCACAUUGACUUUCGCAACACGAUCAUGGUCACUGCGAUCGAACGACUCAUCGAUAGCAACGCGGGCGAGUGCAUGAAGUACUUGCUUCAGCUGAUGCGGGAACGAACCAACCCUUGGGAGGCAGUUUCAAACCCGAUCGCACUGGUUGACCUCAGGCAGCGCUGCGAGCGUAAGUCUCAGAAUGUGGAAAUGCUACGAUACCUCGAUCAAUACAUCUCCGUGAUGGAAUCGAACGAAUACCUGUCCAAGUUUGACACCAAGGGCGGUGGCCAGUUCACGGUGAACGUGAAGAAAAUCUUCGAACAGUUAACGUGGGCCUGCAUUGAGAAUAUUAUCGUUGAAAAGUAUGGUUCCAAAGCGGCCCGCAUAUUCCGCGUGAUUCGGAUGAAAAAAUAUGUCGAGCAGGAAGACAUCCAAAAGGAAGCCAUGGUUCCGGCGAAGGAAGCGAAGCAGCUGACUUACAAACUACUGGAGGAGAACUUUCUGCAGAUUCAAACGUUUCGCAAACCGGGCGGCGGAAAUGCGGGUGCACCGAAAUCUUUCUUUCUGUUCUACGUAAACCAGUCCCAGAUCGUAUCGAUGCUGUUGGAGUUGAGCUACAAGGCGCUGUAUAAUUCAAUCACUCGGCUGACGCACGAUAAGACCGUCAACAAGCGGUUGAUUGAGAAGAGCCAGCGGCUGGAGAGCAUCGUCGAGACGAUGAAGGAGCGCGGCGAAUCGGAUGCGUACAUUAACGAAAUCCUAGAAACACUCACACCACCGGAACAGGAAAUAUUGGCCAAGGUAAAGCUGCGCGUCAAGAGUCUCUACAGCGCGGAGAUUGGGAUCGAUGAAACCAUUUUUAUGCUGAAGUUGUAUCAGCAAUAUCAGAAAUAAAACCGUUAAACUGCAAACCGAAUCAUUCUUCUA